GCCGGACCAGGCUCGGUUAAUAAAGCUUCGUGUGAUCCUGCAGGGAGGAAACAGGAGUCCUCCAACAUCCAGGCUGCAGCAUUUGGGAGCUGACGGCUCUCUCUCCUCUCCUCGGAGCUACAUCUAUGGUUUCUUUUCCCCCCUGAGCGGAUAUUUGCACCAGUUUUGCGCUUCUCUCCGGAGCUCCGAUCAUGGGAGACGCUCAGUCUGCGCAGCGGGACGCACAGGAGGAUGCGGAGCCCGGAGAGGACGUCCAAACCGAGCAGAGCACCGAGGAGAAGCCUCUUGAAAAUAAAGAGCCGAUCUCAGAGCUCAAUGGAAAAGCAGACGGCACAUUAGCAGGAUUUCGUGGUCACACUGUGGAUGCGGCAGAGGGUAUACCUUCUCCAGACAAAGAUGUUCCAAAUGUUGAAAUUAACGCAAACAAUCCCAAUGAAGAAGAAGAGGAAGUUCCCGUGAAAAUGAUCGAAAUGGAGGCGAAGCAGAAUGAGAUCAAUGAGAAUUUCAAGAGAUUUUUUAACAACAUUGGUUUGAAGUUGACAGUAAGGAAAGGCUCCACCGAAAAGGGUGAAAUACAAGUGCCUGAGGAAGAACCAAACAAACAAGAAGACAUCAAAGAUACAGCAAAGGAAAGUGAGAAUGCUGAGAAGAACAAGGAACUUAACGCAGCACAGGAGGCUUACGACAAUGAUUCAACAACAGGUCCGACAAUGACUGAUGGUACAUCAGAGGAUUUGCUAGACACAGAAACCAAAAUGGAAGCUGAAUCUAAUAAAGCAGAUGCAGCAACAAGUUCACAUGGAAGUGAAGGUGGAAACCAGGAAGCCACACCUGAAGAUGUAGUCAUAUCUCCAUUCAAACGUUUGUCACUUCAAUUCAAAACUGGAUUCUUUUCUGGUCUACGGAAGAAAAAAAACGAACCAGCUGGGAAAGAGCUGGUAGAUAUGGGCAAAAAGGAGGAAGCAACGGAACAAACUGUACAAGACCAACAACAGGACAAGGUGGAGGAUGAAGCCGAUAUAGUUUGGAAGGAACUUCAGGAAAUUAAACCUAAAGAUGUGUCUGCAGCAUCAGCUCAAACAACAGAUGAAGCAAAAUCACCUUCCACGGAUCCAUCAGCAAUCAUUGUAACUGAGUGUGAAACUCUGAGCUCUCAAGAAAAAGUUCAAGCCAGUCCCAUGAAAAGGCUGCUGUCAGGUUCUAGUUUGAAGAAACUCUCCAAAAAGCAGAGAGGCAGGAAAUUAAGUGAUGGAAGGCUGUCCGACUCUGGAGAACACAGCUCUGAUCAUCUAAUGUCAUCUACAGAGUCGGCUGAUAAUCCCAGAGAAGACAGUUCUCCUCAAUCCUCUGCAGAGGCAACAGGAGAGGAAGAGGGUCCGUGGGCUUCCUUCAAAAAACUUAUGACUCCCAAAAAACGAAUGAAGGGCUCGUCCUCAGGCCACGAAGAGGCACAAGUCCCAGCUUCAGUACAUGAAGCAAAACCAAGUCAGGGAGAACAAACAUCAGAUCACAGCUCAGAAGAAGGAAGAAAGAGAAAAGAUUCAUCAGUGUCAUGGGAAGCUGUUUUGUGCGGAUCCGGACGGAGAAGAAGCCGGAAAACAUCCGACCCUGAGAAUGAAUCACCUCAAAAUGAUAAUGCUGAUAACAAACAAGACAGUGGAGCCAAACAGGGUACUGAAACACAACUAGAGAGGUCUAAUGAGGUCCACGAGACUCUAGCUUCAUCAACCAGACAAGCUGGAAGUCUUCCAGAGAGUGAUGGAGGAUCGACAUGGCAAUCAUUUAAAAAACUUGUCACCCCCAAAAGGAAAGCCAAGGACGAAGAUGAAGGCAAAGACAACAUACACUCUGAUAGCGAAAUUACUCAAGAUGAUUCCUCCUUUUCCAUAAAGAAACUCCUACCAGGACGAAAAAAGAGAAAGUCCGGUGAGAGACAAGACCAAGUGUCUUCAGACGAGGCUGAGAAGGAAGUAGCUUCAGGUGACGAAGACUCUGAAACACCAGCUGUGGUUCCAUUGUCAGAGUUUGAUACAGCUGAGACAGGGAUUCAAAUACAAACACAGGCAGACAUAGAAAGUGAUGCACCAAAGGUAUUAGAGGAUAAACUCAAGCAAGAUGACAUGACUAAGCCAGUCCUACCUUGUGAUGAUCAGCAAAUUGAAGCAACGACAGUCCGAAAGAAGGAGGAAGCUUUAAAGAAUGAGGCAUCUACAGCCCCUGUUACAAAUGAAGAACCAGAUGAGGAGCUGAUCAGUAAACAUCAACAACUCAGUGAUAUCACGGAGGAGGGUGCAAUUACAGAUACAAUGGCCACUCCAGCGUCAACCAAUGAAGAGGCAGCUAGAGAUGACACUAUAGCAGAGGACCUGAUAGAGAUCACAUCUGAGGCCAUAACUGCUCCAGAGACUGUUGACGUUACCCUGGCAGAUGAAACUGAGAUGAUCUCAGCAGUUUCUCAGUUAUCAGAGUCUUCAAAAACAUCUGGCAACACAACUCCAGUCCCAGCAGAACUUGAUGUCAAGGAUACAGAGUUGUUACUGCAGGAAGUCGUUGAAAACAUCCAAAUGAGCCAAGACGCAGUUCCAGUGUGUUCAGAGGAUUCAAGUUCUGAAAAAGAACGUCCAGAUGUUGAAGCAACAGAUGCACCUCAUGACCUUGCAACAACAGCCCAACCAGAGAGUGUAUCUGACACCAAUGAACCUACGUCAACGGAUAUCAUAUCGGAGGUUCCUACCGAGGAGUUUGACACUGCUGACAUAACCGCAGAUGAUGCUUAUAAGGAAGAUGUUUCACAGUUACAAGACACCAUGAGUGAAUUAGAGGUUUCUGAGGAAAACCGACAUAAAGUGGAAUGUGUAUCUGAGGUAAAUGAAGCAGUGUCUGUUGAGACACUACCUGAAGGUGAAGAAGUUGUCCCAGAUUCUGUAGUUGAGGCGGAUGAAGCUGAAAUCUCAAAAAUGGACUCCCAAGACGCAGAACCAGUUGCUGCGGUAGCAGAGGGACCUAAGGAUGGAGCUGUGGAGCAGGAAAUCCAAAUUCUGGUAGAAAAGGAAGAUCAGAUCCUGGAAAAUGUCCGUGACCAAGUUCCAUUUGAGGAUCAACCAGCUGUAGUGGCAGACAAGCAGGAAGAACUGGGAACUGUAGAAACCAACGAAUUAGCUUCAGAGAAGAGUAAUGCUCAAUCACUUGAAAAGAACAUCCCGUUCUCAGAGGACAUUUUACCAGCAGAAAAAGUUACAGAUGAACUUAAACAGACAGCAGAACAUCUCACUGGGGUAACCGAUGAGCCAGAAAACAAAGAACCACAAUCUGAUGAACCGAUAAUUGACCAACAUGAAGUUAUGGUAGUUGUACAAGAGGCCAUAGUGGAUUCAGAAGAUGGUAGUGUUCAGUCACUUGAAAAAGAAGCAACAUCAGAAGAUGUUCCACCAGAAGAAACACUGCCUUUUCCUGAAGUUGGUGUUAUGCUAGUGAAAGCUUCCAAAACUGAGCGUAUUCAAGAACAAGAAGUGUUACAAGCUGUUGUAUUAGAUCGAGAAGUAAGCAGCCCUGAAUCACUUGCUAAAGAAGUAAUAUCAGAGGAUGUUCCACCAGAAGAAACAGUUACAGAUGAACCCAAAGAGGAAACAGCACCUCUUGCUGAAGAUAAUGUUGCUCUAGUAGAUACUCCCAAAACCAAACAUAUUCAAAAAACAGAAGCAUCACAAGCUGUACAAGCUGCCACAUUAGAUUCAGAGGGAUGCAGCGCACAAGUACUUGAAAAAGAAGUAAUAUCAGAGGAUGUUCCACCAGAAGAAAUGGCUAGAGAUGAAACUAAAGAGGAACCAGUACCUCUUGCAGAAGGUAAUGUUGAGUCAGUGGAUGCUUCCAAAACUGAACAUAUUCAAGAGCCGGAAACAUUACAGACUGCCACAUUAGAUUCAGAAGUGAGCAGCCCUCAAUUACCUCAAAAAGAAGUAAUAUCAGAGGAAGUUCCAUCAGAGGAAACUGUUAAAGAGGAACCAAAAAAGGACACAGUACUUCUUGCUGGAGUUAAUGUUGAGCCAGUGGAUGUCUCCAAAAUGGAACAUAUUCAAGAACCAGAAGUGUUACAAGCAGAGGAUUCCUGCAAGGAAUCAGAAAUUUUACAAGUCGUACAAGCAGCCACAUUAGAUUCAGAAGCAGGUGGCUCCCAAUUAAUUGAAAAGAAAGUAAAAUCAGAGGAUGUUCCACCAGAAGAAAUGGUUGGAGAAGAACCCAAAGAGGACACAGUAACUCUUGCUGAAGUUAAUGUUGAGCCAAUGGAUGCUCCCAAAACCGAACAUAUUCAAGAGCCAGAAACAUUACAGGCCAUCACAUUAGAUUCAGAAGCAGGCAGCCCUGAAUUACCUCAAAAAGAAGUAAUAUCAGAGGAUGUUCCACCAGAAGAAACAGUUAGCGAAGAAGUCGAAGGCAAACCUGUGCCCAUUGCUGAAGUUAAUGUUGAGCCAGUGGAUGCUCCCAAAACCAAACAUAUCCAAGAGCCAGAAACAUUACAGGCUGACAUAUUAGAUUCAGAAGCAGGACGCCCUGAAUCACUUGAAAAAAAAGCAGUAUCAGCGGAUGUUCCACCAGAAGAAACGGUCAAAGAUGAACCCAAAGAGGAAACAGUACCUCUCACAGAAGAUAAUGAUGAGCCAGUGAGUGAUUACAAAAUUAAGCAAGAACCGGAAGUGUUACAGACUGCCACAUUAGAUUCAGAAGCAGGCAGCUCACAAUUACUUAAAAAGGAAGUAAUAUCAGAGGACGCUCCACCAGAAGAAACAGCUGCAAAUGAACCCAAACAGGAAACAGUGCCUCUGGCUGAAAUUAAUGUUGAGCCAGUGGAUGCUCCCAAAACCGAACAUAUUCAAGAGCGAGAAACAUUACAGGCUGCCACAUUAGAUUCAGAAGCAGGCAGCCCUGAAUUACCUCAAAAAGAAGUAAUAUCAGAGGAUGUUCCACCAGAAGAAACAGUUACAAAUGAACCCAAACAGGAAACAGUGCCUAUUGCUGAAGUUAAUGUUGAGCCAGUGGAUGCUUCCAAAACCAAACAUAUCCAAGAGCCGGAAACAUUACAGGCUGCCACAUUAGAUUCAGAAGCAGGCAGUCCUGAAGCACUUGAAAAAGAAGUAAUAUCAGAGGAUGUUCCACCAGAAGAAAUGGUCAAAGAUGAAUCCAAAGAGGAAGCAGUACUUCUGGCAGAAGGUAAUGAUGAGCAUGUGGGUGAUUCCAAAAUUGAGCAAGAACCGGAAGUAUUACAAGCUGCCACAUUAGAUUCAGAAGCAGGCAGCCCUGAAUUACCUCAAAAAGAAGUAAUAUCAGAGGAUGUUCCACCAGAAGAAACUGUGAAAGAUGAACCUAAAAAGGAAACAAUACCUCUAGCUAAGGUUAAAGCUGAAUCAGUGGAUGCUUCCAAAGAACCAGAAGUGCUACAAACUGUGCAAGAAACCACAUUAGAUUCAGAAGCAGGCAGCCCUGAAUUACCUCAAAAAGAAGUAAUAUCAGACGAUGUUCCACCAGAAGAAACAGUUACAAAUGAACCCAAACAGGAAACAGUGCCCAUUGCUAAAGUUAAUGUUGAGCCAGUGGAUGCUCCCAAAACCGAACAUAUCCAAGAGCUGGAAACAUUACAGGCUGCCACAUUAGAUUCAGAAGCAGGUAGCCCUGAAUUACCUCAAAAAACAGUAAUAUCAGAGGAUGUUCCACCAGAAGAAACAGUUACAAAUGAACUCAAACAGGAAACAGUGCCUAUUGCAGAAGGUAAUGAUGAGCCAGUGGAUGAUUCCAAAAUUAAGCAAGAACCAGAAGUGUUACAGACUGCCACAUUAGAUUCAGAAGCAGGCAGCUCACAAUUACUUGAAAAGGAAGUAAUAUCAGAGGACGCUCCACCAGAAGAAACAGUUAGUGAAGAAGUCAAAGACAAACCUGUGCCUAUUGCUGAAGUUAAUGUUGAGCCAGUAGAUACCUCCAAAACCAAGCACAUUCAAGAACCUGAAGUGUUACAAGCUGCCACAUUAGAUUCAGAAGCAGGAAGCCCUGAAUUACCUCAAAAAGAAGUAAUAUCAAAGGAUGUUCCACCAGAAGAAACUGUGAAAGAUGAACCUAAAAAGGAAACAGUACCUCUAGCUAAGGUUAAAGCUGAAUCAGUGGAUGCCUCCAAAGAACCAGAAGUGCUACAAACUGUGCAAGAAACCACAUCAAAUUCAGAAGCCGGUGGCCCUCAAUUACUUGAAAAGAAAGAAAUAUCAGAGGAUGUGGAAACAGUUACAGAUGAACCCAAAGAGGCACCUGAAGUCAGCACUGAGCUAGAAAAACCACCAAUGGAACCAGAAGUAUUGGCACCUGAUGUAAAAGAAGUCGUAACUGAAACAGAAACUGGUGCAGCUCCGUUCCGUGUAGAGGAAUGCAAUGCCCAGGAAAAACAAAUACUGUUAGAUGAUGUUACAAAACCAGCUGGGGAAUAUGUCAUUGCUUCAGUUCCCGAGGAAACUGACAACAAAGUUGUGGAUCAGGCUUUGGAGAGAAACAACGAUCAAAAAACAGAGCGUCUGGCCCAAGGUGUUGAGGUUGAGGUCAGCACCACUGAAGCUGUAGAAGAUUUAGAAACAACAGCAGCAGAUAAUGUGCUCUCUGUUAUGGAAGAAGCAAGCUGUGUUCAGAUCCUGGAGGAGACUGUCCUUUCUAAAGAAACCCCAGAGCCUUGUGUAGACAGUGCUGAAGCUUCAGAUGAACCCACACAUGAAGUGCAAGUCAACGGAAUAGGAGAUAAAAUAAAUGGACUUCCAAGUGCUGAGAUGAAGACUGCUGAGGUCCAACAUGUUGUUGUGAUGCAAGUAACCGCGUGUAAUCUAAAAGAUGAGAUACCCGGUGUUUUGGUAGAGACAACAUCAGAAACUCAUGAACCCUUGAUAAACACGAUGGCAGGUGAGACCGAGCUCAAGGAGGGAGUUGAGAGUGCCGCACCGUUAGUGGAAGACAGUGUAGAAGUUGAGGACAAUCACAGAAUCCAAGUGCAGUUAGUAGAUGUGGAUAUUAAAUCACUAAUAAAGGUAGGGGUUACAGAAGACAAAAAGGUCACAGAUGUUUGUCAUGAAACUAUUGAAAAAGUAGAAGUUCUCUCUGCAACUUCAGGAAUCGAAGAUGAGGUAUUUAACAAGGAAACCAAGGCGGCUGUUCAAGGAGAUAUUCCAAAUGUAAAGGAGAACUUACCACAGACGAUACCUGAAUCUCUGGUUGCCAGUUUGGAACAAGAAAUUCUGAAAGAUGCUUUGACAGAAGUGGUCGAGAAUGAAUCGAGUCAAGCGAAGAAUCAAAAAGAGAUAAAGGAUGGCACUGAGAAGUUUUCAGAAGGACAAGAUGAAGGUUCUGCUGUCAUCAGUGAUGGUAGCGCAAUCCCAACUGGACACCAUGAUUCCCACAUGCAAACAUCUGUUAUUCCAGGAGAUUUAGAUGUUUCGGUGCACGAUCAAGAAGAGGAUUUGGAGGAAACUAAAGCAGAUGAAAUACGCCCAUCAGAAGAAUUAGCUGUGAAGAAAGUCAUCGAAAAGACCACAGAAGCACAACAGAUAACCCAGAUCGUUACAACCAGUAAUACCGGACAAGUAGCUCAGCAAAACACUGGAACCAUCUCGUCAAUGUGUAACAUGGAGUCCCCAACUAGCUUUUCUUUUGAAGUCAAAUUUAACAUACAGUUUGAGAAAACAAAAGUACCUGAAUCUCCAACAUCUCCUACAGAGACACGCAAACCUGUAAAGCAGACGGACGUGUCUGAAGUUGGCGUUCAGGUAGUGGAGACAGUAGCAUCCAUAAAUGCAACCGAAAGAGACGAGAAACAGAUCACAGAACCGGCAGUAAACUUGGAUUCAAACAAAAUGACAAAGACUACAAGUCAGGCAGCACAACUGGACGUUGGUAUCCUAGCAGUGGAAACCAUAACACCAGUAGAAGAAAUCACAUCUACGGAGACAGUAACCCCGAGCAUCCAGGCUGCAGAAACAAUCCAACCAGAGACGCAAACAGAGUCAAGAGAAGUGUUUCUGAGUCAACCGGCGCUCAACGAAGCAAAAGCGAAGGAACCAACAGUCGAGGAAAAUGAUGAUGUGUGGCAGGACGCCGAAGAAGAGGUUUACACUCAACAGCAAACUGAGAAGGUGAAGGAACCUUGGGAGCAAGAUGAAAAAGCAGAACAUGGUCAAGAAGCCCAACAAGAAACGGACGAAACUGAAGGAACACGUGAGAUCGAGAGCGAAGGCGAACAUUUUGUUGCUGCACUCGAGCAUCCGGAAACUGUAACUACAGGCGACAUGACAAUGGAUUUGAACUAAUUCAACUCAAGUUUCAGCGACUGGUUGGACAAUCAAAAAGGAAAAGGAAGAAUGUUUCAAAAAGCCAUCAAAGCCUUUUCUUUCGCAUUCUGUUGAACAAAAAAUGAGCUAGAUUUAUUAGAUUAUUUUAUUAAAAUCACAAAUAUGUAUGAGAGAGAUGUAGCGAGAGAAGUACUGCUUCUCAGGGAGCAUGUUUGAGGUGUGACAGUGACAAUGAGUGGCCUCUUUAAGUAAAUUUAAUGAGCUGUUUGCUUUAAUUACUAAUCAUGCCAGGUCUUUCCAAUCACAUUUCACAUCAUACUCUGCCUCUCAUAUCUUUUUCAGCAGUUCUUUUUUCAUCGUUUAUGGUUAAAAAGCAUCAAAAAACAUUAUUCAGAAGCACCAUUACUUCAUGAUGUAUACGACCCAAGUACAGCACAUUUUGUAUAUAAUAAUAUAUGUCUUUGCAUCCUUUAUGUUCACAGAUUGUUUCACUUGUUUGAUUAUUUUACUUCAUGUUUCCAUGACAUCUAAAAGCAAUAGGCAGACCUGGACCUAAUGAGGAUAUGCAGUGUUGUUCUAUUUUAUCUUGUACAUAAUAACUGUUUUAAUGCUUAAACAGGCUGAACUGUGCAUUUUCAACCUAUGAGAAUUUCUACUCUAAGUGCAUGAAGACAGCAUGGUACAGAAAUGUUAUAUUUGACACUAUUGGCCAGUUUUCCAGAUGUGGAUGAAGCCAAAAGAGAAAUUCAAUGAAUAUCUCCAUUGAAUAAAGUUGUUAGUCCAGAACUGAGCUUAACCAUGUCUGGGAAACUGAUCCAAUAUACUAGAGUUGAAGUUUAAUCAAAAAUAUAUUUAUAAUUAAUAUAUUUACAAUCUGCAGAGCCUUAAACAAUCACGACAGCUUUACUCGUUUUUUCUCCCAGCUGUGCACUUUUAAGUAUCUUUGACACCACAGGUUCAGUAAUCGAACUGUGUAGCAGGAGUGGAAAAUAAGGUGGUUAUUUUAGCUGUUUGUCUACUUUUUUUCCUACAUACAUUGAUUUUAUGGAAACUUCCUGCUGAUCUGAUUCAUGUGAUGUCAACUAAUGCAAAAUGCAAAGCCAAGUUUCCUGUAUUUAUAUAAUAUUUACCACUGUUUUAUUAAUAAGAAAUAUUUUAUUUGAAUAAAUAAAACCUGCAAAUUUCAAA